AUGGUCGCGAGAGUUGCAGGCGUUUUUGAUGAAAAACUAACAGAAGCCAUUGCUAAUUCGAAAGUCUUAGUUGUCGGUGCCGGUGGUAUAGGUUGUGAGAUUUUGAAGAAUCUCGUCUUAACUGGCUUUCCAAAUAUUGAGAUUAUUGACCUUGAUACAAUCGACGUCAGCAAUUUAAAUCGUCAGUUUCUUUUCCACAAAGAGCAUGUUGGUAAAUCAAAAGCACAAGUGGCCAAGGAUAGUGCCCUCAGCUUCAAUCCCAACGUAAAUAUUAUAGCUCAUCAUGACAGUGUGAUUAGUAAUGACUAUGGAGUCAGUUACUUCAAGCAGUUCAACAUUGUUAUGAACGCUUUAGAUAACAGAGUAGCUCGUAAUCAUGUGAAUAGGAUGUGCUUAGCGGCUGAUGUACCUCUAGUGGAAACAGGUACUGCUGGCUAUGCUGGUCAGGUGGAACUUAUCAAGAAAGGUCUAACCCAAUGUUAUGAAUGUCUGCCUAAAGCACCUCAAAAAAGUUUCCCAGGUUGUACGAUCCGUAACACCCCAUCUGAACCAAUCCAUUGCAUUGUCUGGGCGAAACAUCUUUUUAACCAGCUCUUUGGUGAAGAAGAUCCCGACCAGGAUGUCAGUCCUGACACAGCAGAUCCAGAAGCUGCAGGUGAUGCGGGAUCUUCGGCAUUAAGCGCUAAAGAGUCAGAAACUGGGAAUGUGGAAAGAAAAAGUACUAGAACAUGGGCUGCUGAAACAAACUAUGAACCAGAGAAGCUGUUCACAAAACUCUUUGGUGAUGAUAUUCACUAUUUAUUGUCUAUGGAGAAUCUUUGGAAAAAGAGACGCCCGCCCACUCCAUUGGUUUGGGACAAUUUGCCUGGGAAAGAUGAUUCUCCAGCGAAGCAUUCUGGAUUGCCUGAUCAGCGAGUGUGGUCAGUGCAUGAGUGUGCACAAGUAUUUGCUGCAAGUUGCAAAGCAUUAGAAGCAGAUCUGAAGGGUCGUCCUUCUGGAGAUCAUCUUGUAUGGGACAAAGACGAAAAGAGUUCUAUGGACUUCGUGACAGCGUGCGCUAAUAUUCGCGCCCACAUUUUCAAUAUUCCGUUAAAGUCUCGGUUUGAAAUCAAAUCAAUGGCUGGCAACAUCAUCCCAGCUAUAGCUACAGCUAAUGCUAUUGUGGCCGGUCUUGCUGUGUUACGCGCUCAGAACAUACUCAAAGGAGAGCUAGAGGCUUGCACCAGUGUGUAUUUAAGGCCUAAAGUCAACCACCGUGGGCAGCUAUUUGUACCUGAGAGAACAUUAACUGCACCUAAUCCCAAAUGCUACGUCUGUGCGCCAAAACCAGAAGUCGCCCUCGCCUGCAAUUUAAAACAUUUAACUCUUAAGGAGUUAAACUCAGCUCUGAAAGAAGGCCUUAACAUGCAAGCCCCGGAUGCUGCAGUAGAAGGCAAAGGGCUGGUUGUCCUCUCAUCUGAACCGGGCGAAACAGACCACAACAAUGACAAGACUCUAGAAGAAAUCGGCCUUAAUGAUGGCUGUGCAUUGCUAGUGGAUGAUUUCCUUCAAAACUACGAGGUCAGAGUGCGCCUUCAACAAGAGGACGAGGAAAAGUCAUGGCGUCUGGUCACGGAACUGGACACACCGAUGCCGGCUCCCAAAGAAGACAAGCCAGCGAAUGGUGCCAACGGUUCAAACGACCCCAAACCUGGGCCCUCCCGUCCCAAAGACGAUAGUGAUAGUGAUAUGGAGAUAAUUGAAGAGGACGAAGGUGUGGAAACAGUUAAACCUCCCAAGCGCAGGCGUGUCGAAAUGUCGGAUGAAAUUGUAGAGCUAUGUUAG